GCGGCACAGUCGCGAGGAGCGCGCGCACCGCACCACGCGACAACGAACACGAACGACCCGCGAGAUAUAAACACACGGCAAUUGUUUGACUAAUUAUGUGAUUUGAUAUAAGACUAUUUAAAAAUAUUUAAUUGUAAUUUAAGGAUCUCGUUUACAGUUUUACUAUAAAUUAUUAAUUUUUUAUUUAUUGAAAGUGGGACCAAAAUGACUAUAAAAAAUAAAAAGACUAAAUCGAAGACGUCCGAGGCGUCAACCAGUGCGAGUAGUGUGCAGAAGUCCAACUCCAGCACAUCCACGACCGUGCAGCACAGCAGCAACACUCUGCAGAAGGUGUCGUCCGGCAAGAAAGUGCGCUACAUUCAGGUGAAGGUGGAAGAAGAAGAUCCUCUCAUGAUCACGGACAUCUCGGACAACAUGUCGCAUAGCGGCUCCACCGUGUCCGAAGCUUACAACAGCCAUCCUCACUACAUAAUCGCCGAAGCACCUUCCAUAACAGAUUUAUCCCAGCUGCCUCAACCCCGCCAAGAUCACCAUGUCAGCGACAUGGUACAGUCGACCACCGGCGAGUUUGUAUCCAGCUCCCUGCACGAGUCUUCGUCUUCGCACCAGCAGAGCUCGACCAAUGAAACAUUCCAAUCGUCAUCCACAUCUUUGCAGCGUUCAGGAUCUGGUCACAGCCGCAGUCAACUUGAAAGCAGUAUUAACGCUACUGGCAGUCAGACUCUUAAUACCGGUUUUAUUGAUAAGUCGGUUCGUGACAAUUCUGGCGUGAAUACGAAAUUUUUGUCAAGUACUCAAGGCGCUAAUUCUACUAAUUCGUUCCUCGAGAUGGAACGUCAAGAACUUACGUCUCAGUCUUCGAACGCGCACACUAGUGCUACUACGGAAGCUACGACGACUAGUUCAACUCAUCAAUCAUCGCAACAUCAUCAACGAUCAGACCAACCUCACCAGCAUCACAACAAUAUAACUGGUGAUAAGAUAACUGGCCAGAACUUCUCUCCUAAAGGUAAAAACAUGCAAACCGUACGAUCGGAUUCCUCUAACUUCUAUGAAGGCGAUGGCACUCUCGACAAGAACGUCAAUUCAAAACAAUACAGCAGCACGUCGCAUACCAGUGAGGCUAAAAGUAGCAAUGUGACUAAAUCAUCGUCAUCGUCUUAUGUCGUGGAAAUUGUUGACGGUAAAGAACGCAUUAUCGACAGUUCGAGCAGGGAAUGGGGAGAUGCCCAAAAGCAAGCCACCAGUGAAGCCUAUGCUAGUGUAAGUGGCACUGGAAUUAAGCCUCAAUCCGUACACAGCGUGCAAAAUUACGACAUGAAGUCUAAAUAUGAUACUGGAAAACCAGGCCAGAAACCUUCCAGUCAAAUGACCAUUAAGGAAGAUUCAAAGCUUGUUAAAGACGGAAACCAGAUUACUACUCAUUCAAGUCUGAUCUCCGAAAAAGAUAAUGUAAAACAGCGGCAAAUAAGUUCUACACAAGAGCAGUUGCUAUCCUCUGAUCAACAAUAUAAUUCGUCAACUUCAGACACUUCAAAACAUAUCACAGAUCAACAGAGCAAUACGACCACAUCUGAUACUUCAAAGCAUGUCCUUGAUCAACAGAAGCAUACAACUGUAUCAGAUACAACUAACCACAAAGUAAGUGAACAGCGUAGCACGUCAACUUCUGAUACUACCAACAUUCAGAGGAGCAGCAAUGUUGUUGAAGAUAUCAACAAAAGUAAUGAAACUGCUAAAGAGAGAAGAAAGAACUUAAAUCAAACCGAUUCGUCCAACUUUUAUGGCUACGAUUCAACUAUUCAAAAUGAAUUACAAAAAGUUGGCGAUAUUCUGAAUGUAGGAAAAGUCGAGAAUCUUAACUUAUCUACUAAAAUUAUGAAGAGUAACACAAGCAGCGCACAACAAGCAUCUACAUCUUCAUACAAAGUUGAAAUAGUCGACGGAAAGGAAACAGUGGUCGAUAGUUCUCACCGAGAAUGGGGCGAUAGCAAGGAUCAUUCCACACAUGAAAAGAGUCACAAUAUUAGUGGCACCGGAAUCAAACCAGAACACGAGUACCGUCGUCAUGUACUGGAUAAAGAAUCUCAUUAUGAUACAGGGAAAAAAGGAGUCCCCACUAGUUCUACUCAGAUUACAGAAGAAUCCCUUCUGGUAAAAGAUGGCCAGGAAAUAGCCUCAACAAGCAAUACUUAUGUAGGCGAUUUCACUAAGAAAAGAGCAUUAACGGAGCACACUGACAUCGAAGAUAUUUUGAAUAAGCGAAUCCAAGAUACUACUGAUAGGUCAAAUAUUACUGAUUCCACUACCUAUCUAUCAACAACAGCCGAUACCCAGUCUUCAAAUGUAAACAUUAAAGAUACAACUGAUUUUGCAAUCAUUGAAAAGCAAAAUUUGACUAAAGAAACUAGCUCAACGUCUCAAACUAAGGAUACUUUGACCACUUAUGAGCAAAGUACUGGGACUUGGAAUGGAAAGUUUGUCUACGAAACCGAUGACGACAGGCCAAAAAGACCAAAAGAAAUGUCACCUUUUGGUAGACCGGAACCCAGGCACCAUCUAAAGCGCCAGGAUACUGAAGAAAAUAUAAUUCUAUCUUCAAGGGAUAUCAAGGAUUUUACAUCCAUAACUGACUUAAGAAAGAUCAUUGAAUCUACACAAUCUAAGAAAGACAUAAUAGUCAGUGAUAAGAGCAUUGUUAUCAAACGAAACAUAGAUGACAGAGUUUUGAAAGAUAUUCUUGAAACAGUCAAGAAAUAUCCAUUCAAAAGAAUCGAAAAAGUAACCUUUGGAACAAAAAUCAAUGAAGACGUUAAGGAUCUUUAUGAAGGAAUAGACACAGAGGAGCAAACAACAGUUAUUAACACCAGCAAUACUGAUGUGAUUAAGAAAUCAUUCCAAGUGGAGAAGAAUAGAAGUCAAGUCGAGGUUAUCAGAUACAUUAAUGAAAACGGUAUCAAAACAAGGAUAGUCACUUACGAGGAUGCGAAAGAAGAUGAUAAAGUGAAAACAAACGUAUACGUGGACAAUGCUUCGUCGUUAGACGUCAAAAACUUGAGCGACGUUCGUACGACGAAAGACGUAUUGCGCGAAUACGACGUGGUAGACCACGCCAUCACCAAAGAUGUGACCACCGUCCGCUCUGUUUACGACGAGAAGAUCAACAAGAAAACAGUGCGAGACGACAGGACCACCGUGGAUGAGACGGUCAUCAUCGAAGAGACCAGGCCUCGCGGUCCCAAGAAACCUGAGAAGACCGUCGUUAAGGAGCAGUGCAUUUGCGAAAUCUGCACUUGUGGGCGUCACCGCUGCCCACACAACGAUGUCCCGGAGCCAUUGUUCGAUGUGGCGCACACGACGAGCGUGGUCUCCGCGUACAAGCAAGACUACGACGAGAAGCACGUCAGCCGCACUACGGCCGUCCACCACGAGGACCAUCUUCGCCUCGAGGGCGAUUUCCAGAAGCCCGAGCGCCCCGAAUGGCACCCCGCCGAACGGCCCAAACCCACCAAACCAGAGGAUAAUCUUAGACCCGAGGGCGAUUUUGAGAAGAGGCGUCCGGAAGAAUGGCGCCCCGGCGACAGAGCUCCCGUGAAACGGCCAGAAGAUAACCUCAAACCAGAGGGUGACUUUGAAAAACGACGUCCUGAAGAGUGGCGCCCGGGAGACAGGGCCCCAGUACAUAAACCCCAGGAUAAUUUAAAACCUGAGGGAGAAUUCACUUCGCCUGAGAAAGAACCUUGGCGCCCAGCUGAGAGGCAGAAGCCCAAGAAACCAGAAGACAACUUGAAGCCUGAAGGUGACUUUGAAAAGCGCAAACCCGAAGAUUGGCAGCCAGGUGACAGAGCUCCGGUGCGAAAACCGAAGGACAAUCUCAGGCCUGAAGGAGAUUUCGAAAAACGCCAACCGGAAGACUGGCAGCCAGCGGAUCGCCAAAAACCCAAGAAACCCCAAGACAACCUGAGACCUGAAGGUGAUUUUGAAACACAGAAACCUGACGAAUGGCGCCCCGCUGAACGUCGUGAACCAACUAAGCCGAAAGAUAAUCUGAAACCUGAAGGUGAUUUCGAAAAACCGAAACAUGAUGAGUGGCGGCCGGCUGAAAGGCAGACUCCUAAGAAACCGCAAGACAAUCUCAGACCUGAAGGUGAUUUCGAAAAGAAAAGACCUGAAGAAUGGCAACCGGGUGAUAGAGCCCCUGUGCGAAAGCCAGAGGAUAAUUUGAGGCCUGAGGGAGAUUUUGAAAAACGCCGACCAGAAGAUUGGCAGCCUGCUGAUAGACAGAAACCUAAAAAACCUCAGGAUAACCUGAGACCCGAAGGCGAUUUUGAAACCCAAAAGCCCGAUGAAUGGCGCCCCGCUGAACGACGUGAGCCAACUAAACCGAAAGAUAAUCUUAAGCCUGAGGGUGAUUUUGAAAAACCUAAACACGACGAGUGGCGUCCGGCUGAAAGGCAGACUCCUAAGAAACCCCAAGACAAUCUUAGACCAGAAGGUGAAUUUGAAUCUCCAAGGCACGAGGAAUGGCGUCCUGCGGAGAGACCAGAAGUCAAAAAGCCGAAGGAUAAUUUAAGACCUGAAGGUGAAUUUGAAAAACCCAAGCAUGAUGAGUGGCGGCCAGCUGAAAGACAGACUCCUAAGAAGCCUCAAGAUAAUCUCAGACCGGAAGGCGAUUUUGAUACCCAUAAACCAGAUCAAUGGCGUCCAGCGGAACGCAGAGAGCCUACGAAACCCAAGGACAACCUCAAACCAGAAGGAGAGUUCGAGCAGCCGAAACAUGAUGAGUGGCGCCCAGCAGAGAGGCAGACUCCUAAAAAACCUCAAGAUAAUCUAAAGCCUGAGGGGGAGUUUGCUCAACGCCAGCCUGCAGAGUGGCGUCCGGGUGACAGAGCUCCAGUGCGACGUCCCGAAGACAAUCUAAAGCCAGAAGGAGAAUUCACUUCUCCUGAAAAACAACCUUGGAGACCGGCAGAAAUACAGAAGCCCAAGAAACCGGAAGAUAAUCUGAAACCUGAAGGAGAAUUCACAUCACCCAAAAAAGAUGAAUGGAGACCGGCAGAGAAAGCUGUAGUAAAAAAGCCAGUAGACAACUUACGGCCAGAAGGAGAGUUCACCAAGAGAACAACAGACUACACGGUUGUCACUGGCGAGAGGGCUGAAAUAAUCCGCCGAACCGAUAACAUCAUUACGGAAGGAGAGUUCACAGAUACUACUACGUCUCGCACCGAAUAUACAAUAAAACCAGUAGAAAGACCAAAACCUGUGCGACGAAACACUUGGACAAAGAUCGAAGGAGAAAUGACCACAGAUACAACCUCAAAAUCAGAAUACAUCGACUAUACCGACAUCGUUGAAAAAACUGUUAUAGCUACGAAGAAAACCGACAAUUUAAUUCAAAAAGGUGAAAUUGAAUUCGUGACUUCCAACCAGGAGGAUUACACGCAAAAAAUGACACCGGUUGAACGUCCACAAAGACGUCGCACAUGGACUAAAGAAGAUUUUGAAAAGUUCUAUUCAACAGAUGAAUUGCAAAAAGUUACAACCACACAAGAAGAGUAUAGGACGUACGAAGAAACUGACAUCAGACAGCAACAGAUUAUUAGGAAAGAUAACCUUCACAUGGAAGGAACGUUCGAAACUCACACUGUGUCUCACGAUGCUUAUCAAGGCUCCGAAUUGACUGAAAGGCCAAAACAAAAGAAGCCAAUAGAUAAUCUUCGACCUGAAGGCGAAUUUGAAACUCCUAAGCAAGACAAGUGGCGUCCCGCUGAGCGACGUGAAAUUACUAAGCCAAAAGAUAACCUUAAACCAGAAGGAGAAUUUGAGUCGCCCAAACAAGAGGAGUGGCGUCCUGCUGAAAGACCAGAGGUAAAGAAACCGAAGGACAACCUUAGACCGGAAGGCGAUUUCGAAAAACCAAAACAUGAAGAAUGGCGCCCCGCCGAACGCCAAACGCCUAAAAAGCCACAAGACAACCUGCGACCCGAAGGUGAUUUUGAAACCCAGAAGCCCGAUGAAUGGCGCCCUGCUGAACGUCGUGAGCCGACUAAGCCUAAGGACAACCUAAAACCAGAGGGUGAAUUUGAAAAACCGAAACACGACGAAUGGCGCCCGGCAGAGCGACAAACUCCAAGGAAACCACAAGACAAUUUAAAACCGGAAGGUGAAUUUGAAUCUCCUCGGCACGAGGAAUGGCGUCCGGCCGAACGACAAUCUCCUAAGAAGCCUCAAGAUAAUUUAAGACCUGAAGGCGACUUCGAAACUCAAAAACCAGAUGAAUGGCGUCCAGCGGAACGCAGGGAGCCCACCAAACCUAAGGACAAUCUCAAACCAGAAGGAGAGUUCGAGCAGCCGAAGCACGAGGAGUGGCGUCCAGCCGAACGUCAAACACCGAAAAAGCCUCUAGACAAUCUGCGUCCUGAAGGUGAUUUUGAGACUCUGAAGCCCGAUGAAUGGCGCCCCGCCGAACGUCGUGAGCCGACUAGGCCUAAAGACAACUUAAAACCAGAGGGUGAAUUUGAGAAGCCAAAACAUGACGAGUGGCGGCCAGCCGAGAGACAAACUCCUAAUAAGCCUCGAGAUAAUCUAAAGCCUGAAGGCGACUUCGAGACGCAGAAGCCUGACCAAUGGCGUCCUGCUGAACGUCGUGAACCAACAAAGCCCAAGGAUAAUCUGAAACCCGAAGGAGACUUUGAGACUCAGAAGCCCGAUAAAUGGCGCCCCGCCGAACGCCGCGAGCCGACUAAGCCCAAGGACAACUUAAAACCAGAGGGUGAAUUUGAGAAGCCGAAACAUGACGAGUGGCGGCCAGCCGAGAGACAAACUCCUAAAAAGCCUCAAGAUAAUCUAAAGCCUGAAGGUGAAUUUGAGUCACCAAAGCCUGAGGAAUGGCGCCCAGCGGAAAGGCCUGAAGUUAGAAAGCCAAAAGACAAUCUUAAACCUGAAGGCGACUUCGAGACACAGAAGCCUGACCAAUGGCGUCCUGCUGAACGUCGUGAACCAACAAAGCCCAAGGAUAAUCUGAAACCCGAAGGAGACUUUGAGACUCAGAAGCCCGAUAAAUGGCGCCCCGCCGAACGCCGCGAGCCGACUAAGCCCAAGGACAACUUAAAACCAGAGGGUGAAUUUGAGAAGCCAAAACAUGACGAGUGGCGGCCAGCCGAGAGACAAACUCCUAAAAAGCCUCAAGAUAAUCUAAAGCCUGAAGGUGAAUUUGAGUCACCAAAGCCUGAGGAAUGGCGCCCAGCGGAAAGGCCUGAAGUUAGAAAGCCAAAAGACAAUCUUAAACCUGAAGGCGACUUCGAGACACAGAAGCCUGACCAAUGGCGUCCUGCUGAACGUCGUGAACCAACAAAGCCCAAGGACAAUCUAAAGCCUGAAGGAGACUUUGAGACUCAGAAGCCCGAAGAAUGGCGUCCCGCUGAACGCCGUGAGCCGACCAAGCCUAAAGAUAACUUAAAACCAGAAGGUGAAUUUGAGAAACCUAAGCAUGAUGAGUGGCGUCCAGCAGAGCGGCAAACUCCUAAAAAACCACAAGAUAAUUUAAGACCAGAAGGCGAAUUUGAGUCUCCGAAGCACGAAGAGUGGCGUCCUGCCGAGAGACCGGAAGUGAGAAAGCCAAAGGACAACUUAAGACCUGAAGGUGAAUUUGAAAAACCCAAGCAUGACGAAUGGCGUCCGGCUGAGAGACAGACUCCUAAGAAACCUCAAGACAACUUGAAGCCGGAAGGUGAAUUCGAACAACCGACACAUGAGGAAUGGCGACCAGCAGAAAGGCAAACUCCUAAAAAGCCACAAGAUAAUCUGCGACCUGAAGGCGACUUUGAAACUCAGAAACCUGACCAAUGGCGUCCCGCGGAACGUCGUGAACCUACUAAACCUAAGGAUAACCUUAAGCCUGAGGGUGAUUUUGAGACCCAGAAGCCAGAUGAGUGGCGCCCUGCUGAACGCCGAGAGCCAACUAAGCCCAAAGACAACUUGAAACCAGAGGGUGAAUUCGAAAAACCCAAACACGAUGAGUGGCGUCCUGCUGAGAGACAAACUCCUAAGAGACCUCAAGACAAUCUAAAACCAGAGGGUGAAUUUGACCAGCCAAAACACGACAAAUGGCAGCCCGCAGAACGUCCGGAGGUGAAGAAACCGAAAGACAACCUUAAGCCUGAGGGAGAUUUCGAAACUCAGAAGCCAGAGCAAUGGCGUCCUGCUGAACGCCGUGAGCCGACGAAGCCAAAAGAUAAUCUGAAACCUGAAGGUGAAUUUGAGAAACCUAAACAUGACGAAUGGCGCCCAGCGGAGCGUCAAACUCCAAAGAAACCGCAAGAUAAUUUAAAACCAGAGGGUGAAUUUGAAUCUCCAAGGCAUGAGGAAUGGCGCCCUGCGGAGAGGCCUGAAGUCAGGAAGCCAAAAGAUAACCUCAAACCCGAAGGUGACUUUGAGACACAAAAACCUGAUCAAUGGCGUCCCGCUGAACGUCGUGAGCCGACUAAACCCAAGGAUAAUCUGAAACCGGAGGGUGAGUUUGAAAAGCCCAAGCAUGACGAAUGGCGCCCUGCUGAGAGGCAAACGCCUAAAAAGCCUCAAGAUAAUCUCAAGCCUGAAGGUGAGUUUGAGUCACCCAAACCUGAGCAGUGGCGCCCUGCAGAAAGGCCUGAAGUCAGGAAGCCAAAAGAUAACCUCAAACCCGAAGGUGACUUUGAGACACAAAGCCCUGAUCAAUGGCGUCCCGCUGAACGUCGUGAACCGACUAAACCUAAGGAUAAUCUGAAACCAGAGGGUGAAUUCGAAAAACCGAAGCACGAUGAGUGGCGUCCGGCUGAGAGACAAACUCCUAAGAAACCUCAAGACAAUCUUAAGCCAGAGGGUGAAUUUGAGCAGCCAAAACACGACAAAUGGCAGCCAGCAGAACGCCCGGAGGUUAAGAAACCGAAAGACAACCUGAAGCCUGAAGGAGAUUUUGAGUCUCAGAAGCCAGAUGAGUGGCGCCCUGCAGAACGCCGGCAACCAACCAAGCCCAAAGAUAAUCUGAAACCAGAGGGUGAAUUCGAGAAACCUAAACACGAUGUGUGGCGUCCAGCUGAUCGUCAAACGCCUAAGAAACCACAAGAUAAUCUCCGACCGGAAGGCGAUUUCGAAAAGCCAAAACACGACGAAUGGCGUCCGGCUGAAAGACCUGAAGCUAAGAAACCUAAAGAUAAUCUGAAACCUGAAGGUGAAUUUGAAAAACCUAAACACGACGAGUGGCGUCCGGCCGAAAGACAAACACCUAAAAAACCUCAUGAUAAUUUGCAUCCGGAAGGCGAAUUCCAAAAACCAAAACAUGAUGAGUGGCGACCAGCCGAAAGACCUGAAGCUAAAAAGCCUAAAGAUAAUUUAAGGCCUGAAGGUGAUUUCGAAAAGCCGAAGCAUGAUGAGUGGAAGCCUGCUGAACGGCAAACACCUAAAAAACCACAGGACAAUCUCCGUCCAGAGGGCGAAUUCGAAACUCCAAAACGGGAUAAGUGGCGCCCAGCAGAAAGACCAGAAGUCAAGAAGCCGAAAGAUAACUUGAAACCUGAAGGAGAGUUUGAAAAACCAAAACACGACGACUGGAAGCCUGCAGAACGACAAACUCCUAAAAAGCCUAAAGAUAAUCUUAAGCCUGAAGGUAAAUUUGACAGACCAGAGAAACCAAAACCAUUGCCUGCUAGCGAAAGGCCAGUUCAAAAGAAACCUGAAGAUAACUUAAAGCCCGAAGGCGAUAUGGAAGUUAUGCGUCGAACUGAUUACACAGCAACUCGAGGAGACCGCGUAGACGUAGUCAAGCACGAAGACCACCUUAAAAUGGAAGGAAAGAUUGAUGUUCAUCGUUCUCGGGAUGACUAUAAGCGAAUUGAAAAAACAGAAAAAGUCGUGAUCACAAAACAUGAAGACAAUCUGAGAACUGAAGGAGAGUUUAUUGACCUACAAGUCCGAAAUGAUUACUCUGCAACUAAGGGGGAAAGGGCUACCGUGGUCAAACCUCAAGACAACUUGAAACCUGAUGGUAAAUUUUACAGACCUGAAACUGUUCCUUCUCAACCUGCUGAGAAGCGUAAACCUUUUAAAUAUGUCGAUAAUAUUACUAUUGAGAAAGACAUUGAUACCAGACGAAAUCAACACCUAGAGCGAGUUGAUAUAAUUAGACGUGAGGACAACUUAAAAAUAGAAGGUGAAUUCGUUGACCUGAAACAGAAAAAUGACUACACAGUCGUAACAGGUGAACGUGCUGCCAUUGUAAAACAUGAAGAUAACUUGAAGAUGGAGGGCAUAAUGGAAAAUAUCCGAUCUUCAGAUACUUAUCGUGUGGUAAAAGGACAAAGAGUUAAGUUGACUCGCAGAGAAGAUAAUCUUAAAAUCGAAGGAGUAUUUGAAGAUCACGUUCGUAGAAAUGAUUACAGUGUAACAAAAGGGGAAAGAUCAGCUAUUAUUUAUCACCCAGAUAACUUGAAACCUGAAGGUCAAUUCGAAAAGAGACCUGUAGAAGAACCAGUUACUGGAGAGAAAAGAACACCGAUAAAGGGCACAGAUAAUUUGAAACCAGAGGGUGAUUUUGAUAGACCUACAAAACCAAAAUGGGAAUCUGCGGAACGACCGGAUGUAGUCAAACCGCGUGACAAUUUGCAUCCUGAUGGCGAAUUUGAUAGACCGGCGAAAACGAAAUGGGUUCCAGGCGAAAGACCAGACCAAGUUAGACCAGUGGAUAAUUUGCACCCUGACGGAGAAUUUCAAGAUAGGCCCAAGGAGCGCUGGCAACCUGGAGAAACUCCCUCACAGGUACGUCCAAAAGAUAACUUGAAGCCAGAAGGUGACUUCGAUCGUCCUGAGCGACCAAAAUGGCAAAAGGGUGAUAGGCCCGAACAAGUCAGACCGACCGAUAACCUGCAUCCUGAAGGAAAAUUCCAGGACAAGCCUAAGGAACGUUGGCAACCCGGGGAAACUCCAUCUCAAGUCCGUCCGAAGGACAAUUUGAAACCGGAAGGAGACUUUGACCGCCCCGAUCGUCCAAAAUGGCAAAAGGGUGAGAGACCAGACCAGGUUAGGCCAACAGACAAUCUACAUCCGGAAGGCAAGUUCCAAGAUAGACCCAAGGAAACCUGGCAACCCGGAGAAACUCCAUCACAAGUUCGCCCGAAGGACAACUUAAGACCUGAGGGUGACUUUGAUCGCCCAGAACGGCCUAAAUGGCAAACUGGAGAUCGGCCUAGUGCUGUUAAGCCAAAAGACAACUUGUACCCAGAAGGUCCUCAUGCACAAACAACCGUAGAUAGAAGCAGCUCUAAACAAACAAACGAGAUCACAAGAAAAACAUCAGAAUCAGAAACUAUUACUGGCAAAGAUAUUAGGAGCAUCGAUUCCAAACGUACGAAUAUUGUCAAACAUGACACCGAAACACUCCGGGACGAUACAAUGCAUGCUACUCAUUCAGAAUCACAUCUGCAAAAAUCAAGCUCUCAUAGUGAACACUCAACCGUUAGAAAUAUUCAAUCUGGAACUCACGUGACGCAUUCGACAGUUACUUCACAAAAUGUAAUUGACCGCACGGAUUCACAAAAUAAUGUCGAUAAAACUAAAUUAAUACACAAACACGACGGAACGAGGAACGACACAGAUCGUUCUGUUAGUAAACAUGUGGACAAAAAUACGGUCAAUAAGCAUGAUUCUAAGAAUAUCAAAAAUGUCCAAUCCUCGACCUCGUCAACUACAAAGACAAUGAAGCAAGUUACAGAAAAGAAGCUCGUGGGCGGAAAAUGGGUUACCGUAACAAGGAAUGUGGAGACAAAUAUUUCAACUAGCGGAGCUGGUGACAGACCCUCUGGCAAAAAGCCAAAAGAUAAUUUGCAUUUAGAUGGUGAUUUUGAAGGACGUCCUAAGACUAUGUGGCAACCAGGAGAGACUCCAGCUCAAGUUCGUCCAAAAGACAAUUUAAAACCUGAGGGUGAAUUCGACCGACCGGCGAAGUCAGAAUGGCAAGCGAGCGAAAGACCAAGUCCAAUUAGACCGAAAAAUAAUUUACACCCUGAAGGUGAAAAGUACACCAACGGCCAUAUUGUACACGAAGACACUAUGAAAAUACAAUCACAACAUAUAUCUAAGAAAACAACUGACAGUCCGGGUCGCGACGAUUCUAACAUUCAGUCUGGAGAUUCACGGGUACAAACUACGACGAGCUCAUCAGAUCACCAUGAUGAAAGGACAAAGACUAUGCACACUGAAUCUCAUACUACCAUUCAUAGUGGUGUCCAAAGUUCUACAACUAAACACUCAACAUCUGGUUCCCAAAUAACACACGCUACAAUUACUCCUCAGGGUACUGAUCGUACUGGAUCGCAGCGCAAUAUCAGUAAAACUUCACAAGAUGUCCCUGACAGAUCUUCAUCUCGAACUGUUACUGAUAAAAAUAAAGUAGUACAAGAUUCACGUAACGUCAAAAAUGUAUCUUCUUCAAUCAAUAAGACAAUGAAGCAAGUAUCUGAGAAGAAACUCGUAGCAGGAAAAUGGGUCACCGUUACUCGCAAUGUAGAAGUCAAUCCAACUAUGCAUGGAGGUGAUACAAACAAUCUUAAAUCUGUUCAGGAUAAAGGGAGUGUUGAUAGACAGACUCGAGGUGAUUCUAGUCAAAGAAUUGUGUCAUCGGAUGAAUCGGCCAUAUCUUCGUCAUCACAACAGCGCACAUCAGUAAAUAGUCACACUCAACGCAACUCUUCCAAUAUCAUACAUAGUGGAAGCCACUUAGAGGAGCAUAGCUCCAGAUCAACUCAACAGACGCACGUCGCUGGCAGGAAUCAACUGAGCGACAGCGUAGCCAGAACCAGUAUAGAGUUUCAAAAAGCCAUGCAUGGGGGUGAUUCUUCAACUAGCGUGAUUGAAAAUUCCAGUCGUUCCGGGCAUCACAAGAAGACAUCUGAUCUAGUUACCGACGCAUCCAACACCGUUCUUCAUCGCAAAGGAAUCUCCUCGGCUACUGAAGCCCAACAUUCUAUAAGUUCAACGGCAUCGGCACAGCGUAAGAGCAUCGGAAAUCUAAACGAUCGAGGAGAGUACAUCAAUAACUCAUCCCACAGCACUGAUAGAAAAAGCAUCAGUUCCAUGCACCGUUCAGCUCGCGAUAACAUGGGUGUUAUUUCGCAGCACUCAGAUAGGCAGCAAUUCAAACGCGAUGGCCAGUCGACGUUGGUUGUCGAGAAGCAGCCAAAAGUAGUUGUACGAGAUAAUAUACAAGUCGGCGGGGAGUUCUACGGGCGUUCCGAAGCUAAUUCCUACGGCAGUUUUUCACGUUCAGAGAACUCGCAGAAGGUGCAACGCAACGAGCGUACGGAGCGGGUGGUACGGCACGGGCACACGUCGCACUUUGUCCUGGGCGGCGACAGCACCAGCUACAAGCAGGAGUACACGUCGCAUGUGCACGGCCCGUGCCCCGCCACGCUCAUUGAAGCCCCGCGCACUCCAUUUAAACACACACGCGAUUCACGUGAACACAAAUUCUAUGCCUCAAAAGUAACGCGAUAAAUAUUGAAAUCUAUGAUGUAUACUGUUUUGAGCCUUCGUUCAUUCCCUUUGAAUGUGCCUUACUAGAGCUUGUUUAUUUAAAAUGUUAAAUUAAAGCAUAAUAAAUAAUUACUUUUUAAAAUGCAAUCUAACAUUGCUAGUCUUAUACAAUUAACAUGCCCAUUUUUUAAGCAUUAUAAUGUAACCAUUAACAUGUUGAAUUAUACCUAUACAAAAUAAAUCAUUUAUUAUUAUUUUACUCUUAUAAUGUCAAACAUUGCCAUGUAAUAAAAUUUAUAUUAAAA